AUGGACAACAGCAACAGCAGCGACACUAACACGAGGCUCGACGGCGGACUUUUUGGCAAAACACGCGACCGGCGAGUCACCUUCGACAGCAGCCAGAUCAACUACCACCCAAAGAUCGACGAAGAUAACUGGUUCGACAAAACGCCCACACAAAUCACGCAGUGGAUAUCCGCGCACGGCGGCCUGGACGAAGUAACAUUCACAGCGCAGCGGCUCUAUUUCACAAAACAGUACGCGCGCGCUGCUGAUUUAUGCCAGCAGGCGACUUUGGCGUUUGUAGCGAGGUUUGAGAGGAAUUUGCGCGUGGCGACGAUUCGCGAGCUGCUGGAGAUCGGCGGGCUGGCGGCCGUGAGGGAGAGAGACUGUCAAAGGGUCGGGUUUUUCCUCGAAUGGUAUGAGCGGUGUGGUGGGAUGAACCCGGGGUAUAAUCGGUUUCUGAUGGAGUUACUCGGGUGUUUGGGCAGGUGGGAGGAUGUGCUGACGCAGUGCGUCUUGUACUUGGAGCAGCGCAAGCAGGACGCCAAGAUAUGGGAGACUAUUGGCCGGGCGCUCAUCAAUGUAUCGAAGGACAAAAACCGCAAUGGAGGGAAGCAGCAGCAGCAGCUGUCGCAUCUGGUUAUGCGCGAGUGCAAGAACUGGAAGACGAUGGACGAGGCUCUGCGGCAACGCCGUAUUCAAGAAGACGAGCUGCGCGAGGGCGCUGUGCAGGCAUUGCGAGUGCUUGGGCGGGAGGCUGAGUGCGCGGCUGCCAGUGGUGAUAGGGAUGAACGAGAGGGUGAGGUGUUGUGGGGCAUGUGCAGGGAGAUGGGCGCACAGGCAGAGCUGGCGCUUGCUGGUGGGUGCUCGGGGUCGCUGGACAGGUCGCUGGAGUGGAUCUUGGCGCAUAUGAAGCCGAGCGCUGGCGCUGGCGCGGAUGCGGAUGCAGGUGCUGACGCGGACGGGUCUGAUGAGGACAACGAUGUUGAGGAGCUUUAG